UCCAUCUUUACACUCCAGCUGCUUAACGUGCUCUCACUUAAAUGAUCAUUUUAGGGUAGAAGCCUCCAGUCGAGUAGCACCGACACUGACAGGUUGUUGUUUUUUAUAAUGGUGACCAGUCUGUGCUGCUCCUCUAGGGCUGAAUGAUUACAUUGGACAAAGUGGGCUACUUGAUUAGAGUACAACAAGAUCAGCUCCCAACCAAUGGAUGUAUGUGGGCUGACAGUGACAUGUAUUUGUCCCCUCAUCAGAAGGUGUUAAGUUCAACAGUAAUCUGGGUCAAAUAGUACAUGGCUGAAAUGGAAGCUUGAAAUGGCCACUUUAAACAAUUUAUUAUUUAUUAUUUAUCAUUACUUCUUAUUGUUUUCACGAGUGUCACUGCAUUUUAUCAGGAUGGAACCGUUGGUAUUCAUCUUUAAUUGGAAAAGACGUUGCACUGUACUAGUUUUUCCUGCUCAGUGUGAAAAGUUACACAAGCGUUGAAAUUGGCCUCCGGGUGACAUGUUUUAAUCUUUGUUGUACCUUUGUGUCUUUCAAAAGCUGAGUAAAUUUACACUUGAGUUGUUAAUUUUCAACUGGUUCCAAUGAAGAUAAAGCACGUGUCCCUAUAGUUUGGCUUUAUUUGCCCCACUGCUUAACAAAUAUCAUGCUAACUUUGCAUCACAUGAAAUCUUAAUCUUCUUUUCCUUUAUGUAAAAAUGAUAGAUUUUUUUGCGUACAUUGUUCAGGCCAUUAGCUUGUUUUUGACCAUAUGUAAACACAGAAUAUCAACUACAGAAUGUGUUCUCUAAAAGGGCUCUAAACUCAUGGAGCUGCUUCUCACAGUAUACAGCAGAGGCCUAUAGGCACUCAGUUGCCGUGUCGGGCUGGUUUGCGUCUAAUCAUUGUUGGAACUGGGGCCGAGACUAUAUUUAAUUUUGAACUUUCGUGCAGCAUGUUGGGAAGGUGACCUUUGGAAGCCACUAAGCAAGAAAAGUUACUUGAUAUACGUGUGGAGACAGAGGCUCUUGUUCUCAUUGGGUUUUCAUUUGAGCUGCUGUUUCCCUCAUCGGGACCCACCCCAGGUUUUGUUCUGCUUUGUCCUAGUCUUUGAUUUUCCUGAAAGGAGGAGAACAAUCUUGCUGUGCUUUGGGCGGUAGUAUAAGAAUGUUAGUCUUUCCUGGACGCACCUACAUUUCUAACCCCCCCCCCCGACCACCACUGAGUGUCCAAACAAACCCACCAUGCCUGGUAUGAAUGUGGAGCGCCGUGAUUCUGGGGAGGACUAAAAUACUGAAAACAAGUAUUUUUAGUGUUAUUCCCAUGUGAGUGCAUCGAUGGCAGAUGCUGAACAUUUGCCACUCAGUGGGGGUUGAACGUGUUGACUUCGGUUUACUUUGAGGUCAUGUGCAUAGCCUACAUUAUAUAAUCGGCAGAAUAUUCAGAAAAAUAGGCUACGUGUUAACACGCUAACCACUGUUGGGUGACACGAGGCGCUGCAGAGAAAGUGCACCAGCCCAAACUGCUUCAUGCGUGUCCUGAAGCUUUCAUGGAUUGUUUAAUUUUAUCAUGUGAAACGUUUUUAAUUUCAACCUCAUCUGCUUUUCUCUUCAUGUUCUGUUUCAUUCAUUGCACAUUGUUUUUCAUGGGAAUGCUAUUAGAUGCUUUUAUGGUUUUGUUGUUUUUUGUUUUUGUUUUGCUAUUGCUGACUUUAGGGAUGUCUCGACCCAAACCAACAUUUAUUGUAAAGUAACUGCUAAUACUAAACCUUUUUAAAGGCCUUUUUUAAAUGGAACAAAAACUGGCUGGCUUGCUUGGUUUGAAUUUAAAUUGACAUUAAAGUCCACUGAUAACAGAUUCAUCACAGAGAGGAUCACCCAAACCUAGUAGUAUACUUUCAUUGAUAUAAAUGGGGUAGAAAAAUAUUAUUUAUAUUUUAAAAGCAGUUUGAACAGUGAAUGAAACAUUAUGACUUUCACGUAGGUAGGAUUAUUUCCAAGGCUGCAGAAGUCAAAUGGUUUUAGCUCGAUGCACACACUAAAUUGGAAACUGAGUAUAACUGGAUGCUGUGCUCUCAGAUCAGCUCGGGUCAUCCCUAAUUGCCUUUAUGUUGCCUUUCUUAUGUUCAUCUUAAUGGGUCAGAGUACCAUGAAUUAAUUUACCCAAAUAAUUGGGCAAAAAUGUUGCUCUGAUCUAUGCCUUUUCUAUAUGCUUUCAUAUUUUCCAUUUCAUUUGUUUUAUUAACUUUGUGUCUUUUUCUUUUCUUUUUCCUAUUUGCUUGUCUUUCUUCCAUCACUGCCUUUUUUAUCAUCCACAAAAUCACCCGGCUUGCUUUAAACCCACCACAUUGCAAAUUUCUUCCAAUCUCUGUUUGCUGGGCCGACCGUACACGGUGCUCAGCGGGUUUUAUCAAGUCCCCCCUGUCUCAGAUGAAGCUGUUCAAUGACAGCGCAGAGCUGCAUUGCGAGGUGAUCGGGUACCCCAUCCCAGAGGUGCAGUGGUGGUUCGUAGAGGGUGAAGAGCCCAAUGAGACCUUCACCCAGCUCUUUGACGGGGCACGGGAUGAACGUGUGCAAAUAAACGCCACAUACAUAGCACACGCCACGAGCACCAUUCACCUCACUAGCCUCGCCUUCGACGACUCGGGCACGUACGAGUGCCGCGCUUCCAACGACCCCGACCGCAAUGAACUGAAGAAGACGCCAAAAAUCAAGUGGAUCCGCUCGCAGGCAAACAUUAUUGUGAUCGAAACCCCAAACAUCAUUACCGAACCCGUUGAGGUCAACAACCAGACCUCUGCCACCCUGCGCUGCAACUUGACAGAGUCCAGUCUUGCCAGCAAGGGCUCUCACUGGAUGCACAAUGGAAAACUCAUUGAAACUUCCAAAUCCUCUGAUUCUUCUUUAUUCACUGAACUCCAUUUGGAGAAGAUCACCUACAGUUCUAGUGGAAAGUAUGAAUGUGUGUUCCUGACGGAGCCAGAGGUGAAGCAGACAAUAGAAGUCAAAACACUUCCCCACGUUGCUGCCUACAAGCACUCUGAGCAUGGCAAUGAGAAGGACAAAGGUGUGAUGGUCUGUGUGAGUCAUGGCUAUCCACUGCCCACUGACUGGACCUGGUUCAAAGAGGGAAUCGACGGGCCUAUCACCAACGGCACUUCAGACAAAUAUGAGAUCAAGAGCACCCCUAACAAGACCACUCUGACGAUUAAUGACCUGAGCAUCGAACAAGACAUCGGGGACUACACCUGCGCUGGGACCAAUGAACUCGGCACAGCCACCGACAGGAUCCACCUGCGUGUCCGCAGUCGCUUGGCUGCUCUCUGGCCAUUCCUUGGCAUUGUGGCCGAGGUCAUCAUCCUGGUGACCAUCAUCUUCAUCUACGAGAAGAGGAGAAAGCCCGAUGAGAUCAACGACGAUGACGACUCAGGAUCUGCUCCUCUGAAGAGCAAUUCUAAUGCAAAUCACAAAGACAAGAAUGUGAGGCAAAGGAAUUCUAAUUAGAGGCUGAAAGAGAUGGACAUCCAGAAGGCAGUCCAGGAUUCAGCUGUUGUGUUGCACAUUAUACUGUGCACCCUGCAAACUGCAAUUUGAAGUACCUUUUUUGUGCUUGGGUGUUAAUGUUUUAAAAAGAUUUGACUGAUUUCCUCUUGUUGUGUUUUCUUCUCUCUAUUCUUCUCCACAUUGUGCAGCCAGAGAAUUGCCCGCCGGGGACAAUUAUUGAAUUGAAGAGAACAUAGUGUGAAAUAAUUUUCUGCUUGAGGCCUCGGGGCAAAUAUUGCAUGAGUUUAAAUGCCGUUUUAGAAAAAGUGUGUGUUCGUUGUAAAAUCAUUAGAAAGUCCAUGUGAGGAAUGCUUAGUUUGUGGUUAUUUUUUAUUAAUGCUGUUGCUUCCUACGCUGAACUCACGUUGUCAGUCGUUUUGCUUUUAUAUCCUCCAUCCGGAAUGGUUACUUGGAAAGCAGCACAAGUUGGGUUUUUAAGAGGAUCUGAAACCUUUUCGAUCCUGAUACAUCACUGCCAUUCUUUACAGCAACGACUGGAGUGUGUUUGAAUUCACGCAUUUGAUCUGUCCCUACACUACCACAAACCUCCCAUAGCAGAGUUUUAUACUUUGCCUUAACAAGCACCAUUUUCUCUUUCUUGUCUUUUUUGCAUUUUGUUACCUGUUACAAGCUUUAACUGUGACCUGUAAAUUUAAAUGCAGAAUUGACUUAAGAUUCAAUUGUUUUCUAGGUUUUGUUGCCGUAAGAAAUUACUCUUCUUUUAGUUAGGAAAGUAUUUUGUCCCUUUUUUUUUUUUUUUUAAUUCAUGCUUAUUUCCUUUUUUCUCUUCACAUAUUUUAAAUUGAAAGUUUUAGUCGCUGGUGUUUUUGUUGCUGAUCAUGUCACAUUAUUAUUAUUAUUAUUGAGGACCAAGUGCAAGAAAAUUGAUCUGUUGCUUCUGUUAAAUGCAACUUAAAUACCAUGCACUGAUGUUUCAGUCUAAUAUAACAUCAACGUUUAAUAAGAUAUUUUCUUUCUCACUCAAUGUUAUCUGAGAUAAAGUUUGUGCGCGAUUGGUGGACCGUCAUCUGUUUGUUUCACUGUGUAGAUGACUCAGAAGCCGUAUGUUCCAUUUAACCUGAGUAGUGUUGUGAUUGGAUGUUACCAUUUCAGAAUUACACAAAUAAGACCUAGCCAGAAUUGUGUAAACUGUUGUACCUUACAAGUACGUGGAACACCAUCUGCUGUACAACUUGGCACAAACUGAAUAAAGGUUUUGGAUUUUA